GGCAGCCUCAGCAGCAGCACUAACUGGAUACUCUACACACUGUUAGCAACGAAACCCUUUUCUUCUUUUGGAAGACAAAUUCCUGAUCAUGGGCGACAAGAAAAGCCCAACAAGGCCAAAAAGACAAGCCAAACCUGCGGCAGACGACGGAUUUUGGGAUUGUAGUGUCUGCACCUUUAGGAACAGCGCUGAAGCCUUCAAAUGCAGCAUCUGUGAUGUCAGAAAAGGCACAUCCACUAGGAAACCCAGAAUAAACUCGCAACUGGUGGCACAACAAGUUGCACAGCAAUUCGCCACACCUCCUCCUCCCAAAAAGGAGAAAAAAGAAAAGGUUGAACGGCCGGAGAGGGAACGGCCGGAGAGGGAACGGCCGGAGAGGGAACGGCCGGAGAGGGAACGGCCGGAGAGGGAACUGCCUGACAAAGAAAGGCUUGAGAAGGAAAGGCCUGACAAAGAAAGGCUUGAGAAGGAAAGGCCUGACAAAGAAAGACUUGAGAAGGAAAGGCCUGACAAAGAAAGACUUGAGAAGGAAAGGCCUGACAAGGAAAAAGAAAUUCGCCCAGCUGUGACCAAAAAGCCUAGCAGCAAAAAGACAAAACCCAAGGCAGACAUCCUGCAAGGCCCACCCAGUGACGUCAACAGUAUACAAUCUGGAAAUGCUGCAAGAAAGACGGACAUUUCCCACAUUUCAAGGCCCAAACUGAAAAAUGUGGACAGAAGUACUGCACAGCAACUUGCAGUAACAGUGGGGAACGUCACAGUAAUUAUCACAGACUUUAAAGAAAAAACACGUUCCUCUUCCACGUCUUCAUCCACAGUGACGUCUAGCACAGGCUCAGAACGGCAGCACCAGAGUGGCUCAGGAUCCGAAAGUACAGACAAAGGCUCAUCGCGUUCCUCAACGCCGAAAGGACACAUGUCUGCAGGACACGAUGAAUCCUACUGAGCAUUGCACAUGGAAAUGUCAGAAAUAAUCAGGGUAUGAAAUUCAGAUUUUCCACCUGUGUUCUUCUUGGAUAUGUGCUAUUAUCCUUUCCUGGAUGUACCUAUUUGGAUAUUUCUUUGGAUCCAUUCUCAACACGUUCAAGCCGAAUACAGAUUUACGUGGGAUUCUGGUCAAAAAAGGAAUUUCGCACCCUGACACUUACGUAUUUCAUUGUUUCGUAUCAUUUUCCUAACAGUCAUUUGUAAAUGGAUGUGCGGCUGAUCCUACCUUUUUUUUUUUUUUUUUAUAAAAUCCACUGUGCACAAUUUCCCAUAUAUAUUUUAACUUGUUUCAUUACUGGCUUUAUUUAUUACUUUUGCAGAUUACCUACCUUUCAACAGCUUUUUUAUAGGUUGUUUUUCUGCUAGCAACUAUGCUUUUUUAUUUAAUCAGUUUGUUUGAUUAAAACCAAGUUAUUUACAUCUGACAUCUAAAACACUGGUGCUUCCUACACUGUGAAGUAAAACCAGCGUGGAACAGUUACAUGUCUCGAACUGUCCCGUUUACAAAAAAAAAAAAAAAAAAAACCCAGAAGCUAAUAGUGUUCAACACCAUUUAUUUAAAGUCUUAUUGAGCAAAAAAAAACAGGCUAUGAAUGCUCAAAUUACAAUAUUUUUUGCAAGAGAUGCAUAAGCCUGUCUUUGGAUAAAAACAAUUCUCAGUCUUCACGACAUUACUCUUUAAGACAUUUGGACAAACACAAUGGGGAUUUACUCUUGAAGCAAAUUUCAUGUUUGAUCCAUCAAUCGAAGAACACAUUUUUCGGUCCAUGUUCCCUGUGCAACUUGCCACCCACUGUGUGUUUCUCUCUUCCUCUGUGUUGGAAUUGUAUAUUUACAAAGGAGGAGCUGGAGGCAUAAAUUUCUAAUCUUGGAAUAUUCUGUAGAAAACAGAAGAGUCCAUGUGUUAAAACUAAUGAUGGAGGAGACGUGCAGUUGUUGCAGUUUGUGUGGAUCUCAUUUUGUUUUGAAAUUUAAAUUGCCUUGUAUGUGGAGCAGCCACUGAAAUACGUGCUUUAAACUUUUGAAAUAUAUCUACGUGUUCACGUGUUGGCCAGUUUCUUUUCAGGUCUCUGGAGUAAAACUGUGUGACUCCACACAUUUUAUGUUCUAAAAUUUCUUAAUCUGCCAUGGUGGAAAACAGUAACUUUGUUUCAGCUGGACAACUAUCUGAUAUGGGAAUGGAUUAUUAAGUUUGGCAUAAUUGAGAACUCUGCUGGAAAUGAAAUGAAGGUGGAUACAAAAAUAUCUGAAUAGAAGUAACAUUGCGUUAGCUUAGUCUAAAAUAACUUAAAGGCGUGGGUCCCAUUUACAUUUAGUUUUAAGUUACUACUAUUAAGUUUACUAUGCCAUUUAAAAGCCGUGAUUUUAUUUUGUUUUUGUUUUUGGGAGCAUUUUUAUUCAUCUUGUAUCAAGAAUACAAGUAUGUUUUCUUUUUAAAUGAUGAACUUAAAUGUCUAAUUAUUUAUUGAAGGACCAAAGGAAUUUAAUAGGUGUUUAGCACAAAUACAGAACAAAAAUACUAGGUUUUUUAAAAUGAAUGUAAAACCAAUUAAAAUAUAAAUGGGAUUAAAACCAUUAAAAACCUAAAUGCAGUUCUUGUCCAGUUCAUUUAGUAACGUAAGUGUAAACACUUAAUACAAAUAUUCAUUAUGAUAACUUCAAAAUAAAAUACAUGUAACGCCUACUAAAUCUCACUUUUAACUGUAUAUAUUUUGCACAGCUAGCAAUUUAAAAAUAAAUAAAAAUAUAAAGUGAAAAAUGUACUCUGGUUGUCAAGGGUCAUGUAAAUUAAACAGACUCCUAAAUCAUUAAACCAACUAUAUUACUUUCAAAGGUGCUGAUCUUUUGUUGUACAAUAACCAGCUACUUGUAGGCUGUUGGGUCUCGGUUCAUUUGUGCAAAACCUUCUGUAGCAGCCUUUCAGUAGUGCCUCCUUCAUAAACUGUAAGAACUUUACAGCCAAACUGGUGAAAUAUAACCAUGGAGACUUAGGGGAAGUGUCACAUUUUAACACAAUAUUUGUACUGAAUUUGUGCACAGAUAGCAAAAACAUUGUCCAAAUUUAUUCUAAAUUUCAAACCUUGUUAACUGUCAUUAAUUUCUAACCAAACAAAAUGUCUGUUUGAAAGUAAUGUCUUUCCUGUAUUUACUCUGUAGUUGCUAAUUACAUAAAUGUGUCAUGUAGUUUUAAAACCAUGCUCAUAGGGGGAAGCACGGAUUCAAAAUAGUUGUUCAACAUGAUUUUCUUUUGUAUCUUUCUAUCCAUAAAAUUGUCGUCACAACAGUUGAACAAGCCAAGGCUUGGUCAGAUGUGAUGGGAAAUAAACUAUGUUCAUGACAGGAUGUACACAGGAAGAUAAAUACUCAACUGUUUAAAUUUACACUGCAAGACAUGAAAUAAAGUAGCCCAGAUCACAAUCCACAUAACUGGCAUUUCACAUGCCUUACCAAAUCCCAUACUCUAUCUACUUUUUGUAAAAAUGUAUCAAUUGUAUCUUAAAUUAUUGAAUUUAAUAUUUGCUGGAUAUUUAAAAAAAAAAAAAAAAAAAAAAAAAAAAAAAAAACCUUUGCUUGUAUGUAACUUGAAAUGGUUCAUAAGCCAACAUUUAGAGUAUGACAAUGGAGCUGAACAGUUUUUAACGCGCAAGCAGUUCUGUUCUUGUGUAUGACUUGUAACCUUAAUUUACUGUGUAAAGAUGGUUACAUUAUUUUAUUAUUUCUUUUAAGCUUUGUUUGUUGGAGACCCAUAUAUAGAAUGCUUCUUUUAAAUCUGGCAGCACAUAAUCUUGUUUUUAUUUUUUUAUGUUAAUGUAUUAUACAAGCUAUAUUUUUUAUUUGCUCUGAAAAGAUGUCUUGUACAGUGCUUUGGAAGUUUUUGCUCUGUAAAUUAUGUAGGGUCAACAGCCUGUUUUUUUUUUUUUUUUUUGUUUGUUUGUUUUUUCCUCCAAAUGCUAAAGUGUUAUUGGUGGUUUUGUGAGCUGGUCUAAAUUUCCAGGUCUUUCAAUGUUUUUUGGGAACUUUUAAUGGGCCCUGCUGUUUGUCUAGCAAGUAAAAUGUUAAUAUAUUAAUGUUAACUGGCAUGUGCACGACUGUUAUUAGAGGCCACUUUAUAAUUUCUCCUGCUUCAAAUAGAAAUGUCUAUUUAUGAAUUCUGCUUGUAGUUUUUCACAAAUAAAAUUGUUAAAUUUAUUUAAUUCAUGAGGUUUUGAUUCUUAUUUUCCCCUAUGUUCAAAGAUAAAGCAGAUUUACAGUUUAAACUUUUUUACGUGCCUGGUGAGAUCAAGAACGUUACACAGGCGGUAGUUCUAUUGGAGGACUCUUGAUGCAUUUUAUUAAGAAAACAGCAUGUGUAUAGCCAUCUAUUUUCUGACAACUAACCAUAAUUUACAAUUGAACACAUGACACUAUUAUGCCUAUAUAGGAAUUUACAAUAUAAAGAAUAAAUGUACUGACCAAAUAUUGAUGGCAAAAAAACAGGUUAUAACCUCAGAUCCCAUUUAGGCGAGUAUUUUUUCAGUUAGUUAUUGCAAAGUUACAAGCUUUCUGUGAAACCGUUAACUUUGUUUGUAUAAAAACAGAUAAUACCCAAAUGCUUUCUAUAGCCAAACUAGAAUAUACUGUAAUUUUUCUGUUGCUUUUAACAUACAGUUAGUGGACAAAAAAAUGGAAACAACAAUGUGAAGUCACUUAAUAGG